AUGUGCUCAAAACUGAAGUUUCUCCAAGGCAAUUCGACUACCUCAGUUCGAUCAGCCUCUCAAUCACUCAUAGACCUCCGAGGUCGGAGGAUUCAAUCGGACGAAAUCAUGUUCACCUUCGAUGUGACGUCGUUAUUCACAUCCAUCCCACCAAACUUGGCCCGCGAAGUCUUGCGCAAGAGACUUGAAGAGGCGUACGAUGAGACUCAGAAUGCACUCAAAACUGAACACCUCAUGAGGCUGUUCGAAUUCUGCCAACAAAUUUUGUUCACUUUUACGAGAGAGACCUAUGAGCAAAUCAAGGGAACCCCAAUGGGCUCACCGAUCUCCGGUUUAGUGGCAGAACUAGUCCUACAGGAGUUAGAAAAGAUUGCCUUCACCCAACAUGAACCAGUGAUUUGGCGCCGUUACAAAGACAACACAUUCGUCAUCGUAAAGAAGGACCUGCUGCAACAUUUCCCUAGCCUGCUCAACACAGUCUUCCCUGAUACAAAAUUCACGAGGGAAGAAGAACAGGAACAGCAGUUGCCCUUCCUGGAUGUGCUUGUCAGAUGA